GAGCUGUCCGGCCCCGGCGAGGGGGAAGGCGCCUGGAAAACGUUCUUCUUCUCCCUGGCCGGCCCGAGCGGGGAACAGCACUCCCAGGAUGCAGUUUGUGUCAACACGGCCGCAGCCUCAGCAGCUGGGCAUCCAGGGCCUGGGGCUGGACAGCGGGAGCUGGAGCUGGGCCCAGGCUCUGCCCCCGGAGGAGGUCUGCCACCAAGAGCCGGCACUGCGCGGGGAAAUGGCCGAGGGAAUGCCGCCCAUGCAGGCUCAAGAAUGGGACAUGGACGCCCGGCGGCCAAUGCCUUUUCAGUUCCCGCCCUUCCCAGAUAGGGCCCCCGUGUUCCCUGACCGCAUGAUGAGAGAGCCCCAGCUGCCCACAGCAGAGAUCUCACUCUGGACCGUGGUGGCCGCCAUUCAGGCGGUGGAGAGGAAGGUGGAUGCCCAGGCCAGCCAGCUGCUGAAUCUGGAGGGACGGACGGGGACAGCCGAGAAGAAGCUGGCUGACUGCGAGAAGACAGCUGUGGAGUUCGGGAACCACAUGGAGAGCAAGUGGGCUGUGCUGGGGACCCUGCUGCAGGAGUAUGGGCUGCUGCAGAGGCGGCUGGAGAACAUGGAGAACCUGCUGAGAAACAGGAACUUCUGGGUCCUGCGGCUGCCCCCAGGCAGUAAGGGGGAGGUCCCCAAGGUGCCGGUGACUUUUGUCGACAUUGCUGUUUACUUCUCUGAGGACGAGUGGAAGAACUUGGACGAAUGGCAGAAGGAGCUUUACAACAACCUUGUUAAGGAGAACUACAAAACCCUGAUGUCCCUGGACUCAGAGAGUCCAGUGCCCAAGCCAGAUGCUCCAUCCCAGGUUGAGCCCAGGGAAGAGCCUUGCGUAUGGGAGCAACAUGAUCCAGAAGAGAGAGAAAUCCUAAUGGAUCCGGACACAGGAGCAGAGCCCCUGGUGCCUGCACAGGACGCGUCCUCUCAGGUGAAGCGGGAGGAAACCCUGUGUGUCCGGGGUCAGCGGGGCCUGGAGGAGAGAACCAUCCCCACGGAGUCCAUCACUGACUCGCCAGCCUCUGCCCAGGACCUCUUGUCUCGGAUUAAACAGGAGGAGCACCCGUGCGUGUGGGAUCAGCAGGAUCUGGCAGAGAGGGAGAUUCCAACGGACCCCAAUUCAGAGUCUCUGAUCUCAGCACACGACAUUUUGUCAUGGAUCAAGCAGGAGGAGCAGCCGUACCCGUGGGGCCCACGCGACUCAAUGGAAGGAGAGCUCGGAUUAGAUUCUGGCCCCGGUGAGAGCCUGCUGAUGGUGAAGAACCCGCCCCCGGCCCCGCCGCAGCCCCAGCCUGCUCCGCAGAGCCUGCCCCCGCUCCCGGCGGCCGACAACCCGGGCGGUCCCCCGAGCCGCGGCGCGGGUGCGCUGCUGGACGACGGCUUCCCGGCGCUGGCCCGGGAGCGCGGCGCGGGCGGGGCGCCGCCGGGAGGGGAGGGCGGCGGGGGCGCGGGCGGGGGCGCUGGGGGCGGCCCGGGGGGCGGGGGCGCGGGCGGCGGCGGGGGCUGCGGCAGCUGUUGCCCGGGCGGCCUGCGGCGGAGCCUCCUGCUGCACGGCGCGCGCAGCAAGCCCUACGCGUGCCCCGAGUGCGGCAAGAGCUUCGGCGUGCGCAAGAGCCUCAUCAUCCACCACCGCAGCCACACCAAGGAGCGGCCGUACGAGUGCGCCGAGUGCGAGAAGAGCUUCAACUGCCACUCGGGCCUCAUCCGCCACCAGAUGACGCACCGCGGCGAGCGGCCCUACAAGUGCUCCGAGUGCGAGAAGACCUACAGCCGCAAGGAGCACCUGCAGAACCACCAGCGGCUGCACACGGGCGAGCGGCCCUUCCAGUGCGCGCUCUGCGGGAAGAGCUUCAUCCGCAAGCAGAACCUGCUCAAGCACCAGCGCAUCCACACGGGCGAGCGGCCCUACACGUGCGGCGAGUGCGGCAAGAGCUUCCGCUACAAGGAGUCUCUCAAGGACCACCUGCGCGUGCACAGCGCUGGCCCGGGCCUCGGCGCCCCGCGGCCCCCCCAGGCGCCGCCCGAGCGAGACUAGGGCUGGGCUGGGGGAGGGGAGGGCCCGGCGGCAGGAGCAGGGGUGGGGGUGGGCCUGGGGACGUCCUGAGCAUCCACCAUCCUGCCCGUGGUUCUCCCCCCUCCCUCUGCCCGCCACCUGCUGGAAAUCGGGAACAGGAAUUGCACUCCAGACAGGGUCCCCCGAGGGUUGGGCAGGGGUCCCCCAGACCUGUCCGGCCUAAAUGGACAGCCCAGCUCAUCUCAUAGGGUGGACCAAGGGGCCGUCUGAGCGGCUUCCCUGUGGGGGAAGCCAGAGGAACAGCGACGAGGCGAGGGGCCUCGGGCACCCCCCUCAGACACCUAGUGUGCCCGUUUGGCCUUUGGGGUGACAGAUUGUGAUCAGGGGAAGCACCCAGGGAGUCUCGGCGCCCUUCUGAGAUAAGGAAGUAAGGUCCCAAAGUUAAGAGGCUGACGACGGAAGCGGAAGGUGAGGUGAGAAGAGGGAUGUGCUAAGGGAUGAUAUCUCUGAUGACGACACUGCCUCGCGUUUGAACAGCGCUUUAUACUUUUUUAAACGUGUUUUCUAUCCGUUAUCUAUUGCACCCUUAGCCUAUCCCUCUGAGGUCGGUAGGUAACCGAGGAAAGGGAGACGCAGCUGAGAAGGUUUACCCAAGGUCACACAGAGAGUGGCGGGACUGGGCCAGGCUCCUGACCCCAGCGCAGUGUCUCCACCACACACACUGCCUACCUCCGUGGUUUGAGAGCCUCUCUGGCCUGGCCUCUUCUGGUCUUUCUCCUCUCUCUGUCGCCUGGUCCACCAAAAAUAAUCAGAAGCAACAGGGGGCCAACUCAUGGGGUUACGGGGAAUGGGGAGCAGAUUGGCUACAAAAUGCCCCAGGUUGUGCUUCUGAAAGACUCUUCCUAUGUGGGCACUCCUGGGCUGUAGCGCCCCCCCCCCCCCC